CCUGUGUACUGGCCAGAGGAGCAGAAGCCACAGUCAACUUCCUGAAGGCAACAGCCCUGGCUUGGGUUCCAUUUGCCCCAUCGCCCAUCACCUACUUGCAGACAUGGAGAGCCAUCAGGACUUCCGGAGCCUCCAAGCAAAGUUCCAGGCCUCUCAGCCCGAGUCCAGUGAACCCCCCAGGAAAUCGCUAAAACCCGAGUUCAACAAACUCCCAAAGAAGUUUCCUCAGCCUGAGUCAAGCGAGCACGCUAGGAAACCCUCACAGGCUGAGUUUGGUGCAGUCCCCAGGAAACCCUUGCAGGCCGAAUUUGGUGCAGUCCCCAGGAAGGCCCCGCAGCCCGAGUUCACUGAUAUCCCCAGGAAGCCCUCCAAACUUGAGUCCACUGAACUCUCCAAGAAGUUCCCACAGUUUGAGACCAGCCCGCUUCCCAAGAAGCCCCCACAGCUGGAGCCCAGCACAGGCCCCCAGAAGCCCCCACAGUUGGAACCUGGCACACUUCCCCAGAAGCCCCCACAGUUGGACCCCAGCACACAUCCACAGAAGCCCCCACAGUUGGACCCCAGCACACAUCCACAGAAGCCCCCACAGCUGGACCCUGGCACACUUCCCCAGAAGCCCCCACAGUUGGACCCCGGCACACAUCCCCAGAAGCCUCCACAGCGGGAGCCUGGCACACAUCCCCAGAAGCCCCCACAGCUGGAGCCUAGCACACAUCCCCAGAAGCCCCCACAGCUGGAGCCUAGCACACAUCCCCAGAAGCCCCCACAGCUGGAGCCCAGCACACAUCCCCAGAAGCCCCCACAGCUGGAGCCCAGCACACAUCCCCAGAAGCCCCCACAGCUGGAGCCCAGCACACAUCCCCAGAAGCCCCCACAGCUGGAGCCCAGCACACAUCCCCAGAAGCCCCCACAGCUGGAGCCCAGCACACAUCCCCAGAAGCCCCCACAGCUGGAGCCCAGCACACAUCCCCAGAAGCCCCCACAGUUGGAGCUCAAUGAUCCCACCAGACCACCCACAGAAACCAAGUUCAGUCCAUUCCCCAGGAAGUUUCAGCUGCCUGAGGCCAGUGAGGCCACUCUGAAGCCCUCAGUGCCUGACUUCAGUACCUUUCCCAAGAAGCCCCCGCAGCCUGAGAUCAAUGUGCACCCCAGAAAGCCCCCUAAGAAAUUCCUGCUGCAGCCCGAGUCUGCUGAGUUACCCCCAACACCCUCGAAGCCGGAGAUCAGUGAGCCCCACCCCCCACCCUCAAAGCCCGAGUUCAGUGCAUUUCCCAGAAAGGCCCCACAGCCUCAGCAGAAUGACUUCCCCAUGAGGCUCCCGCAACCCGAGUUUGGUGAUCUUACCAGGACAUCCUCAGAACCCGAGUUCAGUGUGUUUCCCAAGAGGGCCCAACAGCCCGAGUUCAAAGCACUCCUACCCAAGAAGCCUCCGCAGCCCGAGCUGAGUGCCCUCCCCAGGACGUCCUCAGAGCCCAUGUUCAACAUACUUCCUGGGAAGUUUCCACAGCCCGAGGGCCGAGGGCCACCCCGCAAGUUCUCACAGCCCGAGGCCAAUGCACCCAAGAGGCAUCCACAGGAUAAGUUCUUUGGUGAUCUUCCCAGAAAGCCCCAGCUCCCGGGCUCAGUUUCCGAGAGCUCCCUGCCUGCCGCCAUUGCAGGCUCUGGCUCCAGGUUCCUACUCAGCCCUGGGUUUGGAGUCCCGGGGAUGACCCGUGUUGGGAGGCGGAGUUCAGGAGCCCUCGCUCUCAGUGGAGGGUCCAAGCUGGGCCUCAAACCUGGCCACCCACCCCGGCGGAGGACUCUGCCCCCUGCCAGCAGUCUGGGACCCCCUCCAGCCAAGCCCCCACUGCCCCCAGUCCUCACAGAUAUCGAGAGCUUUCGGAGACCCUCGGUGGCAGCUGCAGGUGGGUCAGGGCGGCAGACAAAGGAGACAGGUGGGGUUCCCUGGCGGUGCCUGCCUCCCUCCCUCCUGCCCUUCUCUCCAAUAGCUCUCCGGAGGACCCGCUCCUCUGCUGGGGCCCUCUUCCAGGCCAGACAAUCUGAAGACAUCCCGCAGGACCCGGAUGAGAUCUAUGAGCUGUAUGAUGACGUGGAACCCACAGACAAUGCCAGACCCAGUCUCAAAAGCACAGAUGAAGUGCCAUCUACAAAGCAAGUCUCCAGGAGGUCUCCACAAGACCCAGAGCUCAAGAAGGAGAAGGUCCCCCAGCCUCAGCAGUUGCUGCCUGCGGACCUGAAGAAGAUCAGGAAGGCAGAGAAAGCUGAGAGGGAAUUCCGGAAGAAAUUCAAGUUUGAAGGGGAGAUUGUGAUUCAUACGAGGAUGAUGAUUGAUCCCAAUGCCAAGACCCGUCGUGGGGGAGGCAAGCACCUGGGGAUCCGGCGGGGGGAGAUCCUGGAAGUAAUUGAGUUCACAAGCAAGGAGGAGAUGCUGUGCAGAGACACGAAGGGCAAGUAUGGCUAUGUGCCCAGAACAGCUCUCCUCCCUCUGGAAACGGAGGUGUAUGAUGACGUCGCCUCCUGGGACCCUCUGGAGAGCCAACCAUUUCCCUGGGGACGAUAAGGCCCGUAAGAGUGGGGGGCCAGGACCAACCCACCAACCCAGGAGUCCUGGAUCCUAGCUUGGUAGUCACAGAGCUGCCCAGGCUCACAUCUGACAACUUGCAGGCACGACCACAUAAAGCCCCUCUUUAAAGUCA